UUGGUUACCCAAGGCUCCGCAAAAAAAAAAAAAAACCUGAGCGUCAUGGACUACACCUCCCAGAAUGCUCAGCGCCACCGCAGCAAGGACACGAACGACGCGAGGCGUGACGUAUUCUGGGAUUUGUAGUCCGGGGAACCUGCGGGUGUGAGCGACUCCUGGAACAAAGGAAGCGGGAUUGUCCUCCUCGGGCGUCCCCUCAGCUUGCAGAGGGUCUCAGAGCCGGUCACCAGGAUGGUAGGGGCCGCAGGUGGCGGGAGAAGCGUUCAAUAAAUACGGCGUUCCUGGCGUGGUCGGUCAUAAAGAACAGAGGACAGCCCUGCCCUUCCGAAGCUCGCGCUGCACGGAGGCUGAGGGACAAACGCGAAAGAGAAAGGAAGGCGGGCAGAGGGCGGUCCUUCGGGGUGGGUGGCCCCGCGAGGACGCCCCGAGGGCAGAGGGUGAACAGAGCAGAGAUCCAGAGGAGAAAGAAAAGAUCGGGAAAAGAUACUGAGAAGCCACAACCAGGGAAAUAGAAAAACCCAAAGCCUGUGGCAUCCUGGAAACACAGUGUAAACCGGUGACUGAAGAAGGCAUCAACUCUAUGGCAUGUUGCAUUUACCAAUGUGAGGGUGGAACUGCUGUGGGUCCUCCGCGAAGGAACACAGCACGGCCACGAGAGGGCGCUGCUCCUCCUUGAAAUGCCGCUCCAACCUUCUCUGAACAUCCUGCACCCUGCUGAAGAGUUCCAAAUAAACGUUUAGAAAUGAAGAUGGAGAAACUAAGGUCUGAAGAAGGGCAAAGAAGACUGGGUCAUCCAGUGGUUGGCCAGGAGGACCCAAAUCUCAGGCUACCGCAGAGUCUGCCCUGCUUACCACCUGUGUCAGCCUAGCACAGCAUAACCCAGGCCCAGGAGGGUCCACAGCACCCAGCAGGGCUGCCCUGAACAAAAAUUACAGUCAGUGAACAGACUGGCCCAGAAGCAUCUCUACUCCUGAGACAGAGAUGGCAUGGCCUGCAUCCAGCUCAUGGCGAGCCAAAGGAAAAAGUCUGAAGACGCUUAUGUCCAAGGGGAUUCUGCAGGUGCACCCUCCGAUCUGCGACUGUCCGGGCUGUCGAAUAUCCUCCCCGGUGAACCGGGGGCGACUGGCAGACAAGAGGACAGUUGCCCUCCCCACUGCGAGGGUCCUAAAGAAGGAGCUGACCCCCAGCUUCUCAGCCAGUGAUGGUGACAGCGAUGGGAGUGGUCCAGCCUGUGGGCGGCGCCCAGGCUUGAAACAGGAGGACACCCCACAUGUCCGUAUCAUGAAGAGAAGAGUCCACACCCACUGGGAUGUGAACAUCUCCUUCCGAGAGACGUCCUGCAGCCAGGACAGCGACUUGCCUACCCUUAUAUCCAGUGUCCACCGCAGCCGCCACCUCGUUAUGCCCGAGCAUCAGAGCCGCUGUGAAUUCCAGAGAGGUGGUGUGGAGAUAGGCCUGGGAGCUGCAGGUGACCUGUUGGGCAAGAGGCUAGGCCGCUCCCCCCACAUCAGCAGUGACUGCCCACUGGAGAAGAAGGCACGAAGCAAGUCACCCCAAGAGACUCUGUUGCUGCCAGAAUUUGGGCCCAGCAUGGCCCCUGAGGAUCACUACCGCCGGCUUGUGUCUGCCCUGAGUGAGGCCAGCACCUUUGAGGACCCCCAGCGCCUGUACCACCUGGGCCUCCCCAGCCACGAUCUCCUAAGGGUCCGGCAGGAGGUGGCAGCAGCAGCUGUGAGGAGUCCCAGUGCCCUGGAAGUCCACCUGCCCUCAUCCACUGCAGGUCAACGUCGAAAGCAGGGCCUGGCUCAGCACCGAGAGGGCACCGUGCCAGCUGGCACCCCAUCCUUCUCAGAGAGGGAGCUGUCGCAGCCGCCUCCCUUGCUGUCGCCCCAGAAUGCCCCCCACAUCGCCCUGGGCCCCCACCUCAGGCCUCCCUUUUUGGGGGUGCCCUCGGCCCUGUGCCAGACCCCAGGUUACGGGUUCCUGCCCCCUGCCCAGGCGGAGAUGCUUGCCCGGCAGCAGGAGCUCCUGCGGAAGCAAAACCUGGCCCGGCUGGAGAUGUCGGCAGAGCUGCUGCGUCAGAAGGAGCUGGAGAGCGCGCACCGCCCGCAGCUGCUGGCGCCCGAAGCCGCCCUGCGCCCGUCCGAUGGCGCCGAGGAGUUGCAGCGGCGCGGGGCCAUGCUGGUGCUGAGACACAGCUCUGCGCCGCUGCUGGCCCUGCCCCCCCAGGGACCCCCAGGCCCCGGCCCCCCGACCCCUCCCCGGGAGCCUGUCCGCCGAGCCCCUCGGAAGGGGGGCCCCAGCCCUGCCUCAGCCCACUCCAGUGAGUCCAAGGAGACCACGGGGGCUGGGCUCUGGGCACAAGAUGGCUCUGAGGAUGAGCCCCCCAAGGAUUCAGAAGGAGAGGACUCUGAGAUGGUGGCUGCUGGGGGCCAGGGCCCCAACCUGGGCCAAGCCCCAACUGGAAGGGCCAGCCCUGAAGGGAAGGGGCUUCUCUCAGGGUCCAUGCUGCCCCCUCCACUGCCCCUGGGCUUACCCUACGCCGUCAGCCCCUACUUCCACACAGGCACCAUGGGGGGACUCUUCAUGGAUGGGGAGGAGGCCACAGCCCCUGAAGACCUCAGCAAGUGGACAGUGGACGAUGUCUGCAGCUUUGUGGGGGGCCUGUCUGGCUGCGGAGAAUAUGCACCGGUCUUCAGAGAACAAGGAAUUGAUGGGGAGACCUUGCCCCUGCUGACAGAGGAGCACCUCCUGACCACCAUGGGGCUGAAGCUAGGGCCUGCUCUCAAGAUCCGGGCCCAGGUGGCCAAGCGCCUAGGCCGAGUCUUCUACAUGGCCAGCUUCCCUGUGGCUUUGCCGCUGCAGCCACCAACACUGCGGGCCCCAGAGCGGGAGCUCGCCUCUGGGGAGCAGUCCCUGUCCCCAACGAUGGCCCCCUCCCCCUAUGCAGGUGGCCACCCGCCUGCUGGCCGAGCCUCACCUAAGCAAGAGAAUGGAACUGUGGCUCUGCUCCCAGGGCCUGCAGACCCUCCCCAGCCUCUGUGCUGAACUGGUGGGUGAGCCACCUUGAUCCUGAAGCCCUUCAGUGCCAGCAGCUCUGAUGCAAAACACCCACCCUACUGCAUAAUUUUGUUUUGGCUUUGGAUGCAAAAACACAAGUUUUUAAACGGAAAAUGUGACUUAAGAGGAAAAAUUUCUAGAACUUUCUGGGGGUGGCAGUAGAGCCAGGUACAGAGAGCCCGGGGAACUCUGCAUCCUGGGUACCUGCAGACAAAAACCAAAGAAUGACAUAGGAAGGAGAGGAGGCAUGUCAGGCCACCCUGGCCUUGGCCUUGCCUAUUAGCUCUGUCUGGGACUGGGACUGCUCUUCUCCAGGGUUUCAGCAGCCUGCCAUUGGGUGAGAGGUUAGGGCAGGGUCCCACUCCAGCUUCUCUCAACUGUGGGGUGCAGUGGUAGACAGAUUCUACAGUGCUGGUUUCUAUCCCCAUAGCCACCCCUCCAGGGAUCUGCACAGGGUUCAGUACUUUCUGCUCUUUCAUGUUGUAAAAACAGCCCCAUCCACCAUCUACUGCCCUUACCCCAUGGCACGCGUCCUGCCUGACCUCUGGGCCAGCCAAGAAGCCACAUUCCCCCCCGACUGCCUGAUGAGGUAGGAACACUGCACAGCAGUUCCCACAGGUCCCCAGGCUGGCACCCCUCAGUCCUCCUCAGACAGCUGGAGAUCCUGCAACUCAUCCUCUGGUCCCUGGGCCAGCCGCCACAGAUCCUGGUCAUCCAGGCCCACCUCUGUGUCUGGGCUUCCAUCUGCAGGAAAAGACCGAGGCUACAUAAAUUCUGCUUUAUCGGGAAGAAGCCAGCCUUAGAGAUUACUCAUCACUAAUUAAUCACAGUCCUAAUUAAUUUAUUGGUGCUGCUGUUACUGGCUGCCAGAGCCAGUGGGAACAGAGCAGCUGGCCUGGCAUCCCCAAGGAGGGGUGUGGGCCCAGCCUAGAGCCAUACUCCCACCCAAUGGCCCUGCCUAUCCACUCACCUAAGCCCAUGACAGCCUUGGGCUCCUGGAAAGAUUCAAAGGGCCACAACACCACUCCUCACCUCCAGGAAACACUCACCUUUUGAACUGCUGACUUCUUGGCUGCUACAGCUGCCAUCUUCUUCAUCUUCCUCAUCUUCUUCCUCUUCCUCCUCCUCCUCCUCCUUUACCCUCUGCCAAGCUCCUGGGGACCCAGGCUUCCCUGGGGACCAAGGAAAAAGAGCCCAUGGGAGUAGGCCCACCAGCUAAUGCAUACUAGGUGCAGCUAAUGCGGGAGGGUGGGGCAAGCUCACAACCCCACACCCACCCAUCUUCUCCUCAGGCCACCUUUGGGCAGGUGGAGAGGAUUCACAAGUUCCCAGCAAGGAGUGGGAGCAAGGGAACAAGGUCUGGGGACACAUGUCCUAAUUCCAGGAGGCCCUCACCCCAAGACAAGCAGAAUUGGUGGUAGGAGGGGCAUAGCAAAAGUGAGCAGUGAGGUGGGAGCCAGCGCCCGCUCUCCUGGUUCCAGGAGGUGUGCAAGGAAGCCUUCUAAGUCCGCCUUCCCCUUACCCAGAAAGAGCUCAGGACCCUACCUCUCUCUGAGAAGUCCACAGUACUAUCUUCCUCAUCACUGUGCAGAUCAAAGAGGUCUUUAAAUUCCACUCUGUCUUCAUUCUUACGGUCUCCCACCUUCCGCCGCUUUAUCACUGGCAAGUUCAAAUCUUCCAGCUGGAAGGAUCCAGAACCAGAGCAGGAGAUGAGGGUGGUCAAGGUGGCUCUGAGAGCCUACGCUAGCCCAGUCCCCAACUUGUCCUGUCUUAGCCCUAGGCCUGACCUCCAUCUUAAGGCUUAGCCCACAACCACAGCAAGAACCCUGACCACAACUACGGUCUUCCUCUCCCUCACAUUCCCAAAGACCAACUCUAUCCAAACCCACUGUCCCAUUCCCUUGUUCCCUUUAAGCCUUGCCUCCCAACCGGUCCUCCACUUUUUAUAGCCAACUCUUGGUCGGCAUCACCAGGUAGGACUCCUGGACAGCUGUCCUGCUAGGCAGGUGAGGAGGCUCCAGCCACACACUGGCUGAAGACCAGCUGCAAUCCCUCCCUUUUCUGGCUCCCAGAAAUAGCAAACAUCAGCACAAGGACACAGUCACAGGCAUGCCACUCAGCAUGAAGCUGUUCCCUCAAGUCACACUGUCCCACACAGGCCAGGCCCAGACUUAUAGAGGCAUAGCCCCUCCUACACCUCCUUUCCCACCCUCCUGUUGUCCACGGGCUGGCCUGGGUAACAGGGUCAGUCCAGCCACUCCCACCCCCCAAGUCCCUAGCCAGUCCAGCCUCCAGUGACCUCCUGCUGAAGGCCCUAAGAGAAGCCCCCCGAUUACUCUGCUCGGCACAACAUCUGUCCCUUCAGAGCAGCCACAGGACAGGCUGCAGCUGGGAACAGGCCCCAACCAUCAGCUGACCUCAUCCCUGGGACUGUCCCUUCCCACAAGCCGCCUUCCCCAGUCUGGUCUUAAAGAUACAGCCAGGGAGCUAGAUCUUUAUCUUCAAACAAACCAGUGGUGAUGCCCACCCCCCAGCAAACAUUCCCUGCAGACAUACCCGCUCUUUGCCACUGAUCUCCAGCUGGAUCUCUCGCUCCCUCAGCUUCCGCCACUGGUUGUAGUAUUUGGUGAGAGGGGUUCCCUCCUCUCGGGUCUGCUUCUCCCAGGUAUCCUGUGGGGAGAGGAUCAGGAUCAUGUCCCAUUCUGCACAAACCUCCAAAGCUCAGCUCUGUGCUGACUGGUGCCCUCAGGCAAUGCCGCCUUCCCCAGCUCCCAACUCACCACUGCAUGCAGGUCAGCCACACUGAAGGAGGCCCCCUGGCGGCGGCUGCAGAUGUACUCCGCAUUUUCCUGCACCUUCUCCAGCAGCUGGCGCAGCUGCCUGCAGUAGUUGGCCACCUUGCACUCACGGAGGAAGGAUUUCAGCUGCAGAAGGGAGGGAGGGCUCAGUCAAGGUCCAGAUGCAGGGAUGCUCUGCACCACACCAUCUGCCAGGGUCACACAGGACCCCAAGGAGAUAAUGGAGAAGCAGGAAACAUGGGUUCGUGUGUCUCACGGCCCUAGUGCACAUGUCCUGGCACCCUAGCCAGGACUGCUAGUGCACACACCUGGGGAGUGAGGCCCAAGUGCACACACCAGAAUGUGAGAGGCAGGGGCCACAUGAGCUCUGUUGCCUGGGCCUGUGAUAGCUGGAGAGCAGAUGGCCCAUCCCACAGGCCAUGCAGAGGCAUGGGUGGCAGCAGUGGGGCAGCAUGGGUCUACACUCCAGGUCAAAUCCCACCUUUGGCCUGUCUCUGUAAAUAAAGUUGUAUUUGUACAUGUCCA